AUGCACAAAGAGCAACUUGAACUGGUCCGCCUUCAGUUCGACCAGGUUGGACGCAACACUGAGCAGCGACGCCAGCGGAAAACACGACGAAAACAGGACGAUGUACCCGAAUUCGAUCACUUUUUCCAUGUAGUCGUCGAACGGCUCGUACUCUUCGAAGUCGGUUGCUUCAUCGACGACUUGGACAGUCGACGCCGUCACUGUCUCGUCCAUGGUGGCGUCCACCGGCGCCGCACCGAUUACAUUCGACUUGCACCAACGCAGCGCCAAGGGGAGAAUGGUCUCGAUGCCGACUCGCCGAAUCGUGUCGAGCGUGUACAGCGACACGAGUUCUUUCUGGAGCAAGACCACGUCGAGCUGGCAAAAUGCCAAGUAAAACAGCGCAAUGUAGCAGUCGAACGCUUCAAAGAGGAACCGCUUCAACACAAGCGCGUCUUCGUACGCUUCGACCGUUUUGUGAUUUUCCCAAUCCGUCAACUGGACCGCCACAGCACGGUACCGCAAAUUAAGAAACAGAAUGCAAGACGCGUGGGUUACGGUCGGGACGAACGGAAGCAGCCAGGGGUAUGGACCACCGCCUUGUUGGUCAAAGACCGCGCCAGGCAACGAGAAUUGGUGCACAAAUGGUAG